AUGGCGCACCAACUUGAGAUGCAUCUAAGUCUGCCGAAGAGCGAGUUCGGGAAAUUGUCUAUCCCGUAUUUGUCACAUGAGAUUAGCGCUGAAGGAAUCAGGGCAACACUGAAGAUCGCUAAGGGUGUUCAGGAUUUACCGUUCCCAACCGCAAUGAAGGGAGUGCAAUCUUUCUUGGGCAGCCUGAAUUAUUAUCACAAAUUCAUCGAAGACUAUCCUGUGAUUGCAGCCUCCCUGUAUGAACUCUCGGAUGGCCAAGUACGUUCAGGGCGAGAUCUAUUCAGGGCAAAGCAGGCGUUCGAACUCCUGAAACACAAGAUCGUGUCGACCCCAGUAUUGAGGCACCUUGACAGGAACAAACCAUUCGUUAUUAUACCCCAUGCAAAUCAAUGGGCUGCCUGUGCGUUCCUGGGUCAAGAAAAUGAUGGUUUGAUCCAGCCAGUGCGCUUUACGGGGCGUGUUCUCCACGACGCGGAGUUGAGAUACCACAUCGCAGAAAAGGAGACCAUCGCCGUGUUGAGGCUGCUACAGGUGUUCAGAACACUCAUUCAGGGUUGUCCUCUCAUCGUGUACACUAGACACUCGGUUCUGAAGUGGAUCAUGAAAUCCAAGACGGCAGAUGGGAGAUGUGUACCCUGGGGUGUUCUACUUUCCCAGUGGAAUUUAGAUGUCAGGAAGAUCCAGCGAGAUGAAGAUGGAUUAGCUGCCAUCCUGGGCGCCGGUAUCACACCUCAAGAGCAUUUAGACGAAGUCGCCGAGGAACUCAUUCCUGCCAAGGGGCGUGCGAAACCGCCGCCAAUAAUCAGUGUAAAGAUGUUGGAGAAUACUUUCCAGGGCAUUGUUCGAUGGCGCUGCGAAGACGUUUACCCGGCAAGCUGUGGUUGUAUUUUGUGGGAACUCCCUGGAUGGAAAAUCCUGGAUGCACAGGGUUUCAUCCUGGAGGAUGUCACUGUGAAUGACGCCGAGUACUGUGGACUCCUGAAUGGUUUAACCAUGACACAAGCCAUGGGCGUCAGAGACUUGAUCGCUGUCGGUGAUUCACGAAUCGUCAUCCAGCAAGUGCAGGGUCUGAUCAAUUGUAAUCAGCCUAACCUGCAAAGACGAUUGGCCAGUUGUGAAGCAUUGAAAGCAAAGUUCGAUUCAGUAAGACUGGUACACGUCAAGCGGGAUUUCAACCAGGCAGCGGAUUACCUGACUUCCAAGACACUGUUGCUUGGGAGAUCCUGGAGUGUCCAAGAAGAUGGAGAACGUCAACACCUGGAGCGAGUGUCCAAGAUUCAAGAGAAGUUGAUGAAGUCAGCUGAGAUUCACUUGGUGACUGGUCAUUCAGGGAUGAAGAAGGGUGCCCAGACAAUCCUGGAUGCCCCCUGCCCUGGAUGUCAUGGCAGCUCCACUGCCACGUGCAGCCAAAAUCUUGGUUGCCGUGACACGGGCUAA